AUGACCCCGAAUAUGGAUUACAAGAACAAAAAGGACCAGAAAACUGAUCAGAUCUCCCAAAGUGUUGGCGAUCAGCAUCGGGGCGGCCCCGCGACCAUCGGGAUGCCUAAUGCUCCAAGCGCGGCCGCGGCGAACCCAUUCGAGGAACCACAGCGCCGAAUGAGCGAAUACACAGCCCAGGAAAUCGCUACUCUCCAAUCUCGACUGGAUAAGAAAUUAGGACCCGAAUACAUUUCAGCACGACCAGGUGCCGGUGGACAGAAAGUGCACUAUCUCUCAGCAGAUAAAUGCAUUAAUCUUGCCAACGAGGUUUUCGGGUUCAAUGGCUGGUCCAGCUCGAUUCAAAAAAUUGACAUUGAUUUUAUUGAGGAAUCUCAAACCACUGGCAAGAUUAGUCUAGGACUUUCCGUCAUCGUGAGAAUCAUCCUCAGGGAUGGCACAUUCCAUGAAGACAUCGGCUAUGGUCACAUCGAAAACUGUAAAGGCAAAGCCGCAGCAUUCGAGAAGGCUAAGAAAGAAGGAACAACAGACGCCCUGAAGCGGACAUUGAGGACAUUUGGAAAUGUGCUGGGCAACUGUGUCUACGACAAGGACUACCUGUCCAAGGUCAUCAAAGUGAAGGCUGCACCUGCCAGAUGGGAUGUCGAAGCGCUUCAUCGCCAUCGUGAUUACGCCCCUGUCAAGAAGGAACCUGCCCCUUCAAAGUCUAUACCGGAGGAUGAUGAUCUUCCUCCUCGUCCAGGAGCGCCUGUUGAACCAGCGAAGAGUAUUCAGAAUAGCACGGGUUCAUUUGACGGAGACGGCGAGUUUGGUAGCGAUCUUUUCGAUGAAGCAGACUUUGUUGUUUCAGCAACAGGCGGCAAUCCCGAUGAAAUAUCAAUAGACCCUGAGCCUCCACGGGCUCAACCCCCCACACCAAUGAACAACCCAGCUGCACAUCGUGGACCAGCCGCUGGACGCUUUGAUCCCAAUGUUGUGACCCCUUCGAAGCCAGAGAGAUGGAACGGACAAAAUGGGCAAACCUCCAAUGCUCCGGUUCCCGUCAAGAGAGAGCCACCCAGCGGGUUGAACCAAGACUCGAUCCCUCCAAGUGCCUCGCAAACCGUCGGCUUUUAUUCCGCUCGAGUUGCGGACUCGUUGCGUGAUAACCCCAAUGCAGCACCUGCACCCGGAAGCCAGUUUGAUCCUCAUGCUGAUAGCCCGUCAAUCCGCAAGACUGCAGGCGUGGAUCACACCAAGAGUGUCCCGAUCUCACGCCCGAUGCUUGCGGGUGCAUCCCCUGCACCUAACAGCAGCUCACGCGAUUUCAUGAACCCGGCGACCGACCUGCAGCGCAGAGUCGGUGCCCCUGGAGGCCCAGCAGGUGGUGCUGGCAGUCCGUUGUCUCGAGGACCAUCAACAUCCUCGUAUCGUCCUUUGACCAGGCCAAAUGUUGAUCAGCGGAGCGUAUCAAACCCUACUCCCAUGAACGGAGGGAGUGUACCUCCGCAAAACAACCCGAACGGCAAGCGACCUCCAUUGAACGACGUGACCAACGCGACGGCUGAGCCCAGCCCCCCCGGUGUGCCUCGCUCAAUGGGUCCGAAUGAAACGAAGAGACCGCGAGUGUCUGAUGUUGCGCCCGAGCAGCCACCACCUCAACCCCAGAAGUGA